AUGGCCUCCAAAACUCCCGUCUUAACAACUAGAGCCCCCAAGCCCCUCCCGGGAAUCUACUCACAAGCUAUCAUCUGCAAUGGCAUGGUCUACUGCUCCGGCGCCGUUCCCAUGGACCCCGAGACGGGAAAGCUCAUUGAUGGCGAUGUCAAGGCUCACACUGCCCAAUGCAUAAAAAACCUCUCCGCAAUUCUCGAAGAAGCCGGCAGUGAUAUCACAAAGGUCGUCAAAGUAAAUGUCUUCUUGUCCAAUAUGGAUGAUUUUGCCAGUAUGAAUGAAGAGUAUAUGAAGCAUUGGGGUGAUGUUAAGCCUUGUCGGACAUGUGUCGCCGUGAAGACUCUGCCGCUGAAUACGGAUGUUGAGAUUGAGUGCGUUGCGCAUCUGUGA